AUGGCUGGGUUUUGCGACGGCCUGGGCUCCUGCUCAGUUCCUCACGGCCUGACCCGGGCCGUCGCUCAUCCCCCGAGCUACAGCCGAGCUGAUCUGGGCUCUGGCCGGCGCCUGUGGGUGAACUCAGCCGCGCUCAGCCCAGCGCCCUACGCAACAGGUCCAGGACCCGCUUCAUCCUAUGCUGCAGCGGCCGUCGCCGUCCCAGGUUCGCUCCUCGGCGCUUCAGGUGGUCUGGCGGGCGCCGAUCUCGCGUGGCUGAGCCUAUCCGGACAGCAGGAGCUGCUGAGGCUGGUACGGCCGCCCUACUCCUACUCCGCGCUCAUCGCCAUGGCCAUCCAAAGCGCGCCGCUGCGCAGGUUGACGCUCAGCCAGAUCUACCAGUAUGUGGCCGGCAACUUCCCCUUCUACAAGCGCAGCAAGGCGGGCUGGCAGAACUCCAUCCGCCACAACCUGUCGCUCAAUGAUUGCUUCAAGAAGGUGCCCCGGGAUGAGAACGACCCAGGAAAAGGCAAUUAUUGGACUCUGGACCCAAACUGCGAGAAGAUGUUCGACAAUGGGAACUUCCGAAGGAAGAGGAGAAGGAGAGGGGAGACUAGCGAGGCCGCUGUGACUGGAGUCAGCAGGCCAGAGGGAGCUGCACUGGAGCCCUGUGGCUCGGCUUCCCAGGACCCGCAGACCCCACCAUCCCCGCCUGCACCCGAAGCCGCUUGCCUCUCCGGCUUCUCCACAGCCGUGGGAGCCCUGGCCGGCAGCUUUAGUGGCCUCUCUGAUGGUCUGGCUCGUGACUUUUCUUUGCGAAGGCGACCAACUGCGGCUGCCCACAGUCCUCAGAUUCCUAACACAGCCCCGGGCUUCGCUCUGGGCCAUCAGACAGGGGCUACUGGCUUUAGGGUGGGGCACCUCGUCUACAGCCGGGAUGGGACUGAAGUUUGA